AUGCCUGUUUCCAAGAAGAUGAAGAUCCAGCGCGAGCACCGCAAGGCCGAGGCAGCAGGAACCCGCGCCCCCGUCAAGGCAAAUGGUCUCCCAGUCAAGGCUCCCAAGCCAACAAGUCUGUGUGCCAACUGCCGCAAGGAAAUCGUCAAUACCAACCUCAAGCAACUCGAAGUCCACGCCGAGACGCACGACCAGAAGCUGUGGCCCAAGGAGAAGUGCUGGCCGGAUAUUUUCAAGGGAGAUGCCUAG